AUGUUUGAUUUGAUUUCUACAGAUAGAAUUAAUUUCAUCGAACGGGGUGGUACAGGAUUAUUACCUUGCACAAUAAAUACAUGCUUGAAUCAAGGCAUAUGUUUAAUGGAUCCAUUAUUCAACAAAUUCAGGUGUAUAUGUGGAGCGUAUCAUUCUGGUAAUCUAUGUGAGAAAUUUAAUAGCAGUAUUUUCAUUUGUUCAAAACUUGGUUUAUGUAGACCACUUGGUCCAUAUCUGUUUGGAUUCAGUAUUUUUAUGUUUCUAUGUAUUCUUGUCACUUUUGGACAUGGAUUUUGUCUAUUGUUUAAUAAACUAUUGAAAUUUAUUGAGAGUGUACAAAAUGAUGAUGAGAAAAAACAGAAUAGUGAUAACGAUGAUAUAACUAAUGAAUCAAGAAUUCAGGUUUCAAGUUCCUCAUUAAAUCAAAUGAUGAAUCAAAAUCUAUUUAUGAGAAAUAUGUCAAAUUUAGAUCAAUAUAUAAGUUCCACGAAUGUAAAAACUCGUCUUCAUUUUAAUCAAAUAAAACCAAAAUAUAAAUGCUUUAUACGUGAUCACGUCAAAAUGCCACUAAAUCAAGGUGAUCAAAAUCAUCGUAAGAUUAUUGAUUUAACUCGAAUAAACAGGGAUCAGUGUUUAUUGAUUCAUAAUGAAGUUGGAUCGAAGAAACAUUUACAUUUCCAGCCGAUGCCAACUUUAUUUGUUAAAAAACCGAAUUAUUCUCAUGAAUUGAACGAAAUACCUGAAAAUGAAAAUCCUUAUCUAAAUGAUAAUUCCUACUCAUCAAAUGAGACUAAAGCUUCAUUAAAAACUUUGUCAUUCAGACAAAAAGUUAAUGUUAAUGAUGAUAAUUGUGGAGGUUAUGAUAAUGAUGAUGACGAUGAAGAUGAUGAUGAUGAAGAUGAUGUUAAUGGUGUUGAUAACGAUAAUAAUGAUGAUAAAUUAUUAACACCUUCCGCAAACAAUUCAUCUUUAUCACCAACAAGUUCAAAAUAUCAACAGUCUUGUAGUAUACCGCUACAGAAUAUGGAAAAUACUAACGCUUUAUCAACAUCAGCCAAAACGUCUUAUAUAAACACACAUCAAAAUCACAAAAUAUAUACUAAACAUAUUCACAUACUUCAAGCUCCCAAAAGAGAUUCAUCUUUCUUUAAACGGUUAUUUAAAUGUGUGGAAACAAAUACAAAUUCACCUUUAACUUGUAGAUAUAAUUCAUCUUAUGUGUCAAUUUGUUCAACAGCUACAACAAAGUCCACAAUACCAAAAGGAUCAACAAAGACAUUUGUAGUUUACAACAAUCAUAAGUCUGAAACUAUUUUACAACCAUCAGAGAACAGAAUAAAAAAUAUUUUAAUUAAAAAUGAAGUUGACAAUCAGUCAGCUUAUAUUACUUUGCAUUUAUAG